AUGUCUGACGGGCUUUUCUCCGCUGACCUCGUCUCGCCCGAGGUGGCCUCGUCCCUGCCCGAGGGCUACACAGUCCGCGCCCUCCGCCCCGGCGAUUACGAGACCGGCUUCCUCGACUGCUUACGUGUGCUGACUACCGUGGGCGAUAUCACCCGCGAAGCCUUCGAUGAGAGGUACAAGUGGAUGGCAGGACAGGACGGAUACUAUAUCCUCGUUGUUGAGGACACAUCGAGGGGCGUCGUUGUGGGAACUGGUGCCCUGAUUGUAGAGAAGAAAUUCAUCCACAAUCUUGGCCAAGUCGGUCAUAUUGAGGACAUUGCUGUUGCCAAGGACCAGCAAGGAAAGAAGCUUGGCCUUAGAAUUAUCCAGGCCCUCGACUACGUUGCCGAGAAGGUGGGCUGCUACAAGAGCAUUCUCGACUGCAGCGCCGCCAACGAGGGCUUCUACAUCAAGUGCGGCUUCAAGAGAGCGGGCCUGCAGAUGGCACACUACUACGAAGGAUCCAAGAGUAAAUCCUCUUAA